CAUGUAUUGGGCUGUUGUAAGCUUUAACAAUGUACUCAUAAGAACACUAAAUUUUGAAGGUCAGUCAUGUCAUUACAUCAGAAAAUUUCAAGGGCUCCCUAAUGCAAAUUUCUUGUGUUAUUCAAAUGACACUCCCAGUUACUGAUUAAGUAACACUUUAGUAGACCCAGUCUUUCAUCCUUACUCGUAGUAUAAUGCUUGAUUUAAUAAUUUGCUUCAUUGCCGUUAAAACAUCCUGCUUCGGUCUGGCCCCCGGGCAGUAUCACAGCCCACACACAUAAAAUGAAAUUUUGUAUGGCGCAUAUAUAUUUGGUGCCCUCUUGUGCCGUAUUUAUGUGUUCAAGUAAUAAUAAUAUAAUACUCUAUAAUAGGUGGCAGUUACUAGAUAGUCAGAAAACUAGUGGCUACAUGGUUUCUACUUAAAAUUGAAGGGAUGCUGGCACGAGAAAAAGUCGAUAGAUUUCGUCUCUUCAUAUCACCCAUAUUUCGUUCAUUCAACCCUUAAGGUUUUCAUUGUUGGUAGAAACCUUCUACAACGCAAACAAUAAAAGGGAAAAAGGGCGAACUUCAGGUAAAUGUCUUUUUGAGAGAUCGGUGUGACUAUACACAACAAUGCAUCAAAUCAUUAUCUUUUUCCCAGACUGGGAUAAAUACUGGAGAACAAUAAACUAAAGCGGGUUGAGCGUCAUUACCUAUCAUUGUUGGCAGAGUUUUAGAAUAAAAGUUAUAUCACCUAGAUGAUUCUGUCAACUUGGGUUUCGCAGAAAUGCAAGAUGUAUACAGCUGGGUAAAAUAUCCCAAAUUUAGACUGUACGAAACUCCUACUUCUCCAGUUGUCAAGUAUGUUAUUGAUUCAAAUAUGUAUAAAUAAGCUUAACCAAAGUAGAGUCGUUUCCAUCAACCAGUGCUUCGACACCUAGUAACGAUGCAAUCUAGGACGAGUAAGUUUAGUUUGAGGCCGAAUUUAGUUUGACAGCAUACAAUGAUGGCAUGAGAUUGUAGAGUCCUAGCGAAGAAAGUCAGGAAACCAUAAAUAAUACUCAAACGCAAAUCAUUAGCACUGGUGGCGCGUGAUGAUAAGCGAGAAGGGUUGAUUAUUAGGAUGGAAGAAUUAUUAAGAGUUGAGUGAGGGGUUUUGUCGUGAUUAAGAUAACCUCAGGCGCUGACAAGGGUAUACGGGUAGUUGCUACUUCCCAGCUGUCCAUACCGUGGAAGGAUAUUCCCUCUUGAGACCUGGAAAGAAGGCUGAGUUGGUGAUGGGCUUAGUGACCGGGCAGUGUGACCACAGAGUCCAACAACUGCUUGUGGCAGGUCACGCACGUAAUAUUUUAAUAUUAUCGACAACUGUUUGUGCAGAAUUCGCUGAUGAAUCGUCUUCAUGUAAACCACUUUAUUAUGUUGGGUGCGCAGAUAGUUUGGUUGCUCUUGGGAAUUAAAAGGGAGCUCCCGAAGUAGUUGGGCGGUACAAAAGUGAUUUGUUGAGUCUUGCAAAGUGUUGAUUGUUUUACUUGUUUAUUCUUGAUAAAAAUGGACAAAUUGGUGUUAGUUUUGAGGAAGGUAAAAGUAUUAGUUACGAGACAUGUCAGUGGGGUAAUUUUGGAGAAAAUCCGCAUCAUUUACGCCGGGCUGCGGAAAAGUGAUAAUUUGAUGCAUUGUCGCUUAUAUUCACAACGACUUAUCGUAAUGAUUUUCCCCAAAGUUCGCCUUUAUUCCCCUUUUUUGUUUACUUUUUGUUGUUAGAGCUGCGAGCUGAACAUAUUAUAUAACCCGUAAAAAGGACUUUUUCCCAUUUAAUCCGUCGAGCUGUAUUAAAAUAAGUAGAUUAGAUAAUGGUUUAACUAAACAGAAUACUUUUGUUUGUUCUGCCGAAGGACUUUUUGAUUUCGUCUGAUUCGCGAAUAUCUGGUAUUGGACACUUAUUUGUAUCAGCUGUAUUUUUUAAUACCAACCUGCAUUAGUGACAUGGUGCUAGCAGUUGAUGCGUCACUUUAUUAGCCACUAAUGAGUUUACAGACACAUUUUAGUUACUUCGGUGGUAAUGUUAGUCCCCACAGAAUAGCUGCUUAACAAAGCAGUUUCUAAACUUAUCUACUACAUAAUCAGUGAUUCCGACUCGUGAUCGAUCAAGUAUUUCAUAAUCACUUAAAAGUCAAGCUUAGCCAGCGCCUUGACAAGUACAUACUUUUCUCAAAGAAGCCUCUCGAUAUUUGCGCCUAUAUACAUAAAGUCAGACGUUUUCAUUAGUAGUCUAGCAAUGGAGGGGAAUAAAACAGAUUUUCAGGAGGUUAAUAUACUUAACCCAUUUCUCAGAUUCUAUUUGGUUUGAUAUUCGUUUAUACUGAAUGUUUUUAAGAUAAACAUUUUGGUGAAUUUUCCUCUUUUUAAUUGUGGUAAGACUGACUUAUUUUUUCCAGAUAAUUUUGGGAUCGAAAUAUGAGCAAAGAUCAUAAGCCACGCGUUCGCAAACGGGCAACACAUAUUGUAACUGAUUCGAGGCCACGGCAUAAUUAUGGAAGUGAGAAACCACUGUUUGUCUAUUCAUGUAUCUGUGGCCAAAUGUCACUGAUAAUUGACUGUCUAGUAGAGAAACUACCAAGGCGUCCUAGAGAUGAUGCUAGAGUUAUUGAUGGAUCCAAACGUGCUCAUAAAACAACAGCCACGGCCGUUAAUCCACUCGCUCCAAUUUAUAUACGUUGGCCAAAUGGGAUAGAGAAGCAGUUCCGCAGGUAUUGCAAAAGCUGUGGAUUACCAAUCUUUUAUCGUCACAGUGCAGAAAAUUCAACGACUGAAUUUAUUAUAAAGAAUGCAUUAAAACUUCAAGAUGAUCAAGCUGCAUUAUCUGCAUCUAUGUUAUGUCCGAAACGACCAACUGCUGCGAAGCAUAUUGAUGAAAGCUCUGCUAAUGCCAGAUUACUUGAAGCAUUAGCUGCUGAGGCGGCUGCCCUACAGCAAAAUGAAGCCUCGAAUAACGCACCAUUGCGUCGAAGUGUUCAACAACAAGAAACUACUCAAGGCAUUGAUACCGCUGUCACUGUUUCUACUAUUGAAGAUGAAGAAGAGGAAGCCGAAGCAAAAGAGAUAGCAGAUUCGUAUGCAGCCAAUGCUCGUGUCAUUGAACAAGAAAUGAUUCGACGUGGCAUCAUAAAACGCCGUUUGGUUGAUGAGGCCAAUGAAGAGGCUCAACAAAGGCGAAUUCGAGGGACGUUAAUUGAAAAGCAAUAA